AUGGACUCGGACUCGCCCCCGCGACCAACCAAACGCCGGCGCAAGUCGAACAAGACGAAGCAUAAGAGCGGAUACGGCGGCGGCAACGAGGAGAAUAGCAAUAACGGAGCAAAUCGGUCGUUCGAAACGUCGACGUCGUCUUCCGCUUUGAAGACGAUUCAUGCGACUCAGACCGUGACCACGCGUCAACGCGCAUGUCAUUUGCUUCGCCAACACGAAAUCGACCGUAACUGUCCUCUUUUCGCCUCGCAGUUGACGAGAGAUUGCGUGUCUUUGAUUUUGAACAAAGUUUCCGCGAAAGACUUGGCCAGAGUGCAAAGUUCGUGCACGUUUUUCGGCGACGAGAAAGGACGAGGGAGACUGAUGAUCGAGGAGGAAGUGCGACGCAGAAUCCAAGCGAAGGGGUUGACGACGGACGUGAUGAUGCCCGAGCAUUUCUGGUGA